UUGCGGUUCUCCUUCCUGUCCUGCAACCUUUCCAUACCAAAGUCAUUUUGGUCGAAACAGCAAAGCCAAAAUGUCUAAGCGAGGACGUUCGGGAGCUUCCGGUAACAAGUUCAGGAUGACCCUUGGUCUCCCUGUCGGAGCAGUCAUGAACUGCGCCGACAACAGUGGAGCCAAGAACCUGUACAUCAUUUCCGUCAAGGGAAUCAAGGGACGUCUCAACCGUCUUCCCGCCGCCGGUGUCGGAGACAUGGUUUUGGCCACCGUGAAGAAGGGAAAGCCUGACUUGAGGAAGAAGGUUAUGCCCGCCGUCGUCAUCCGUCAAAGGAAGCCCUGGCGCCGUCGUGACGGUAUCUACCUUUACUUCGAGGACAACGCUGGUGUCAUUGUCAACCCCAAGGGAGAGAUGAAGGGAUCCGCCAUCACCGGUCCCGUCGGAAAGGAGUGCGCUGACUUGUGGCCCAAGAUCGCCUCCAGCUCCGGUACCGUCGUAUAGAGGCCCUGGGGUUACACGCAUGUAUCAUAGGAGUAAUAUACGCUCAUGGGCAAAAGUUUUGAAAUGGCGGAUGCAGUUUGGGGUUGGACCUGGGCUUGAGCUCGUUGGAGGA